AUGGCCGCCAACCAGAAGAUUGUGUUUGCCCUCGUUUGCCUGUUUUUGGCCUGUGAUUUGGUGCUGGGUCAGCAGCAGGCGGCCAACAGCUCGGAUGCGGAGUCGGAUGUGGCGGAAAGCCGUACCUUUGGCCAUCAUUUCCUGCGGCGCAUCAGCUUCGCCUUGGUGCCAGGCGCCUUUGUCGUGGGCGUGAUCACCACCCUGCUGGCGGCCUUGACCGUGGUCUCCAUCAAGGGAUUGGGCGUGGGAGUCAUCCUGCUGGUGCUGGCCAUCGGUCAGAUGCUGUCCCGAGCCCUUCCCGUCCAGGCAGCCGCCGCCUAUGCCGCCGCCCCUCUUCCCGUCCAGGCUCCCGUGCCCGUGGUCUACUCCCACUCGCACACCCAGCAGCCCGUCUGGCUGGAGAAGGAGUGGUAAAAGAGAUAGAUGACCUUUGACCUGGAUUUGCAAGACGAGGAUUCACACUUACCUCAGCCUCAGCGAGCAUGCAACCAAAUAAUAAUUUAAGUCUAGUUUAAAUUAUUUAUUUAACUUAUUUAUUGAUUACAAGUAAAAGGAUGGCAAAAGCAUUCAGCAGAGAAUCUUCGUUAUCAAACAAUAAUGAAGAUUAGUCUGCUCAAUGAAGUUACACAAUUAAAUUCUUAAAUAUUUAUUAAGAAUGAUUUCUGCUGAAAAUCGUUCUUUUGAAAAGAUAAUAAAUAAAGGCAUAUGAUACUGAAA